CCCCAUAUACAUCCCCACCCUAAACUCCCUUUCUCUCACACCCUAAACUCCAUCUCUCUCUCUCUUGCUCUCUUAGUUGUUUUUCUUCAUGGACAGUAGUGAGAGAGAAACUCUUGACUUCAUGAAUGUGGAGUCCUUCUCUCAACUACCCUUCAUCCGCCCUGCACCAGCGCUCAAAGACAAGCCCAUCCGCCUCUUUGGCUUCGAAUUCGGAUCCAACGAAUCCGAACCCAACAACACCGAACCCGACUCCGAAAAAGACGCUAACGACCUCAACAACGACGCUGCUAGCACUGAGAAUGGUCGAAGAUUCGAGUGCCAUUAUUGCUGCCGUAACUUCCCUACUUCCCAAGCCUUGGGCGGCCACCAAAACGCGCACAAAAGGGAACGUCAACAAGCGAAACGCGCUCACCUCCAGUCCCACGGCAUGGUCCACCACAACUCCUUCUCUGAUGGGCUUUACGGCCUCGUCAGUUACCGGCCCGGCCCAAACUUGUCUUAUCCUUCAUGGACCAACCACCACAACACCACCACCAGCACCGCCACCAGCAGCGGCUCUAAUAGGUAUUACGGGAGUCAUUAUCAUCAUCAUAGCUCGUUUUCACAGCAGCAGCCCAUAAAUGGGAGUCCAUUGGGCCUGUGGAGGGUCCCGAGUGUUAGUGGUUCGGUUAAUCGGGACCGUUCAGUGCAUCCGCUACCGUUACUUGCCGCCGGUGAUGAAUUGAAGCCUUCUUUAACUGACUCGAGCUCUCACCGUCGGUUUGUGUAUAAGGAAGCUAAGUCAAGCGUGCAAGAUCAUGUAAGUCUGGAUCUUCAUCUGUAAUAAUUAACUAAAUUUUUUUUUUGAAAAUAAUAAUUAAUUAAUUACACAGCGUUCCAGAUAUUUUAAUUUUGGAGCUGGAAAUUAAUUAAUUGAUCUCUUUUAAAGUGUAUUUCAAAAAUGAACCAAUUUUAAUGACUCUGAAGAUAUUGUCUGUUUUGAGCUUAGAUUAUCUAUUGAUACAUCGGUAUA